GGUUUAUGAUCUCUUGCAGGCGGCAUUUAGAGCUUUAGCUGGAAAGGGCUACCAGACACUGCAGAGUCUGCUGUUGGAUUUUUGCCAGUGGCAUUCAAGUGAAAACCUUUUAGAUGCUUUGCUCGAUAUGCUUGUUGAUGGAAAAUUCGAUGUCAAAAUGAGUCCUAUGAUAAAGAAUGAAGAUGUAAUAAUCUUAUACCUGAUUGUACUGCAAAAGAGCAGUGAGUCGUUGCAGCAUCAUGGGCUAGAGAUAUUUCAGCAACUGCUGAGAGAUUCCAUUUCUAAUAGAGCUUCUUGUGUCAGAGCUGGAAUGCUUGAUUUUCUUCUUAAUUGGUUUUCUCAAGAAGAUAAUGACAGUGUGAUCUUUCAGAUUGCACAGUUAAUUCAAGUCAUUGGUGGGCAUAGCAUUUCAGGGAAAGACAUCCGCAAAAUAUUUGCUUUACUCCGAAGUGAGAAAGUUGGGACGAGGAGGCAGUACUGCUCUAUUAUGUUAACAACUCUCUUGUCAAUGCUACACGAGAAGGGGCCUACUGCCUUUUUUGAUCUUGAUGGAAUUGAUUCUGUAAGUUCUGAACCCAUUAUAGAUAUAUCUCUAGAAUUCCUGAUUCUUCUUUGGCAUCAACAGUAAUUUUUCUUCCAUCCUAGAUAUAAUGCUAAUACUGGGUAUAUAGUUAUUAUUCUAUGGUGUGACUAGCUGACAUCAAUGAAAGAAGAGUCAUAUUUGAAUAGUAUACAUCUUUUUAUUAAUACCGUUAUUAGAAGUGAGAAGAAAAAUGAGGAUAUAAUAACCUCCAACAAUUUAAAAAUAAGACUGCUAAUGAAGGAUAUAUAUAAGGAUCAUUAGCUUAGAAGAGCUAUACUACCCUUUGCAAACUGAAUAAGGGAAUCUCCCCUCCCCGCAACUAAAAGAUGAACCUUCACUCAUAAUGAAGCCCCAAAAACGAGUCCAUCCACAGAGACUGUAAAGGGUGGUGGCAACUCCAAUUGCAAAAUAUGUUCAUGCCUCAACAAAAUCUAAUUGUGUUAAAAAGAUGCCUUGUUUUCUGUAAAAAAAAAACGGCUUUUUGUUACCUAUUGCUUCCUAUUAUAUUAGUACCUAUGAGUUGAAAGUAGGUUGUCCUAGGGUUGUACAUUGUUUUUGUCUUGGUAAAAACCAAAUCAGAUUAUUGGCAUCCACAUUAUAUAUAUGAUCUAUUUAGUGCUUCAGUCACUCAAGCAUUUUUAUUCUAAAUACUCGUAUUCAACUUCGUAUCAAAGUGGGUUUGAUCCCAUUCUGUCGCUUCCAGUCAAGUCUUUGUUUUGUGCCAUUGUUGGCUAGUGUUAAUGAAAUCAUUAGUGAACCCUUGGAGAUAUAUCUAAUGAAAGAUCGACUUGAACUUUUGUCAAUUUUAUUCUCCUUUAGUGGGAUCAAAAAUCAAUUUGGAAAAAUAAUUAAAAUCCUUCAAAUUGACAAUGCUAGAAAGUUUUUUCAUUUAAUCUCCUCUUUUUUAUCCACUUAAGGCAUUUUGCAAAAGUCUUUUUGUCCCCAUACAUUUGAACAAAAUGGAAUAAUAGAAAGAAAAAUGAGGCAAUUGAUUGAAAUUUGAUAGGGGGCCCAUAGUUAAAAGGGUCUAUGUUAGGAGGAAAAAGGGGGAUAGUUAGUUAUUAUGAUAACUAACUGAUAGCUGUUCUGUGGAGGCAGUUAAAUUGUAUAAAUAUGAGAGAAUCAUAGAAGUAGGUAGGAAAAUAGUGGAAUAAUUCUGGAGAGAUAGGCACUCUCGAAUUCUCCUUGUAUCACUGUAUUCUUUCGGGUUUGUGUGGCCCAGCAAGGAUUCAAGAACAAUUUUACAACAAUCAUUCGUUUCUUUCAAAUCUUUCUUAAUACCUAGUUGAGAUCUAUCAACUAGCAUUAGAGCUGGUUGCGAACCUGAGGCGAUCAAGAAUGGAAAAGAAAAUGGAGAUUCGGAUGGAACAGGUGAAAAGGGGCUUGCAAGAUAUUCAGAAACGCGCUGCGGAAGAAACAGAGUGGUGUCGCAACAUAGAAGGAGCGAUGCGCGAGAUGCUGGAACAGUUAAAAGAGUUGCGCUCGACAAUGGGGAUAGUGGGAAAAAAUGCGCGGGAGGGAGACAAAAUGUCCUCGGGAUCAAGAACUGAAAAGAACAGCUGGAAGUGGCGAAACCUGGAACUUCCUCUGUUUCAGGGUGAUGAAGUGCUGGGUUGGGUAGGGAAAAUUGAGAGGUAUUUCAGAUUGAAGGGGGUAUUGGAGGAGGAGAAGUUAGAGGUUGCGAUGGUGGUGUUGCAAGGGAAAGCGUUGGCAUGGUUUCAAUGGUGGGAAGGAAGAAAUCAAAACCCUUCUUGGUUGGCUUUCAAGAAUGCCCUGUUAUGAAGAUUCCAGCCAGCGGUGGCACAAAACCCUUUUGAGGUGUUGUUGGGUCUAAAGCAAGAAGGAAGCGUUGCUGAAUAUAGGGAAAAAUUUGAGACAAAUUCAGGACCUCUCAAGAUUGGAGAUACAAAUUAUUUGAAGGGCAUUUUCUUGAAUGGCCUUAAAGAGGAGGUUAAAGCUGAGUUGAGGCUGCAUCAGCUUAGUUCUUUGGAAGAAAUUAUGGAUUUAGCUCUCUUGAUAGAAUCUAGAAAUUCUAUUUUGAAGGAGGUGGGUGGACCAUCAAAUGUCUCAAACAGAGGGGGGUGGACCAGGAGCAUUUAUGGUAGCAGGAGGGAUGAAGAAAAAAAAGGAAAUGAUGAAAAAGCUGAGACAAAAAUGGAUAAUAGUAGGAAGAUAGAAGGAAAGCAGAAUUGAAGAAAUAUGACUGAUGCAGAAUACCAAGAAAGGAGGAGAAAAGGAAUUUGUUUCAGAUGAGAACAGAAAUUCUCACCUGGGCAUGUGUGCAAGAACAAGCAAAUCAGAAUAAUGUUGCUUUAGGAAGGAGUGGAAGAGUCAGAGGAAGAAGAGGAAAUUCAAUGGAGUGGUAAGCCUUUCACCACUACUUUAGAUUUUCGGAGUAUGGUGGGUAUGACUUCCAAGUAUUCUUUCAAAUUUUGGGGAGAGUUACGAGAUAACCCAAUUUUGAUUUUGAUUGAUUGUGGAGCUUCCCAAAAUUUCAUUGCUGAAUCGGUUGUGAAGAAAUUGGGGCUGCUAGUGGAAAGAACAGAACAAUAUUGGGUAAAAGUAGGAGAUGGUCAUAGUGUGAAGGCGCAGGGGAUGUGUGCAGAUUUGGAGCUGGUGGUGCAGAGGGUUCAUUUGACACAAUUUUUAUUUGUUCGCCUUGGAUGAAGUUGACAUGAUAUUGGGAAUGGAAUGGUUAAGAGGACUGGGGGAAAUUAAGGCUAAUUUUGAUAAAUUAACCUUGAAAGUCAAGGUAGGAGGAGAAGUCUAUCAGAUUAAAGGAGAUUCUUCUUUGAGUGUAUUAGAAGCCCCGUUAAAAGGUACCCUCAAACACUUGAAGGUGGAGGAGGAGAUUUAUUGGGUGGAGUGUUGUUUGGCUGCAAUGGAACCAGAGGAGAGGAUGAGAACAAUUCCAGAUUGCAUAAGACAAAUUCUGGAAGAGUUUGAGUUUGUUUUUCAAGAACCCCAAGGGCUACCUCCUUCAAGAAGGCAAGACCAUGCUAUCAACUUAAAGGAGGGGGCAGAGAUUCCGAAUCUGAGGCCUUACAGGUAUACUUAUUAUCAAAAGAAUGAGAUUGAGAAAUUGGUGCAAGACAUGUUGA